AUGCCACGGCCGGGGCCAAAAGCCGAGGAGCUGGACUUUGAGAUACAUGUUGAUCAGUCUUGUUUGAGCGAACCGAUGGCCGACGACGAGGUCCCUGCGAAGGUUGAGGAGAAGGUUGAGGUUGAGGUUGAUACGAAGGAUCCUGUGGAGGAUGCCAAGGAUGUAAAUCAGAAGGAGGCUGAUGAUACGGAUGGAAAGAAGGAUACAGAUGCUUCAGAAGAGGCCUCAGAGAAGGCAGAAGUAGCUGCUGAGAAGGAGGCCGCUGAGAAAACUGAGACCAAGGUCGAGGAAUCAACACCGGAGACGGAGGUUCCUGCUGAAGCUUCUGGUGCAGAAUCAGAGCCUACAACAGACACAACACCAGAGGUUGCUGCCGAGUCUGCAGUUGAGGAGCCUGCCAGUAUUGAGGAAACAAAACCAGCCACAGAAGACGCAGAGGUAGAAGCCGCUGCGUCAGCACCUACACCUGACACCGACGCCACAACAGUCGACGACAAGCCUGAGAAGGAUGAGGAUAUUGCUGUUGCGGCCACAGAACUUGAUCAGUCAGGCGCUGAAUCUGAGAAGGAUCUCGAGGAAGUUGAUGACGUUAAGCCGGAAGAGCCUGAGCCCGAGGCCAAGCCUGAGCCUGAGCCUGAGCUGGAGGCUGACAAGGAUGAUGCUCCCCCAGCAGAGGCUGAACCUCAACCUCAAGAAGAACUGGACGAAGUAGUUACUGCACCCGAACCCCAGCCUGAGCCAGAGGUCGAGCAGGAAAGGGCCGCUACACCCGAACCCGAAAUUACAUCAGAAGAGCUGGCAGAAAAGGUGGAAGAGACACUUGCCAUGGCAGCUGAGUCUGGCGACGUGGCGCCUCCGACGCUCGUCGUCGAUGCCGAGGAAACCAACGACGAGCCUACAGAAGUCCAAGAAGCCAGCCGUUCUUCAUCAUCACUCCGCCGUGCUUCUGGCCAUACUGAAGCCCUCAUUCAAGCAGCAGCAAAGGAGGUCCUCGAGCGGCUCGAAGCCCAGACUAUGGAAACCAUCCGCAACAGAUCACACUCUCCCCGCGUCUCCAUGGACUCAACAGCAAAUGGAACCGAAAUUCACUACGACACAAGAUCGGAGGGAACCCGCCGCGAGUCCUUCGCCUCUGAGUCUCAGGCCACCCAUCGUGACAGCCGCCGCGAAAGUCGCCGUGACAGUCGCCGUGAGAGCCGACGGGAGAGCUGCCGCGAAAGCCGUCGUGAAAGCCGCCGGGAGAGUCGACGGGAAAGCGAGGCACUCCCUACUCCCAUGCACACUGAGGACGGCGGCGACAGUUCUUCGCAACACGGGGCCGAUUCCGAUGUCUUUAGCGAACGCAGUCCCCGCAGUUCUCUAGGAUCCUUCGACGGCCAUAUGGACCACCAUAAAGAGAUGGACUGGCGCUCAUCCAAGCGCUCUUCCCGCAUGUCUGACGUCUCCAUGUCUGAAAUGUCAUACUACGACCGCGAGGAGUUCGUUCCUACCAUUCGCGGUUCUCACAGAAUGCCCUUCCGUACCCCCUCCGAUGUAAAGGCAAUGCAAUACUCCUCCCCUGCUGCCUCGGUAAUCGGAUCUCCCCGCUCUGGCAAGCGUCCUCAGAUGCCAACCAUCUCCCGCCUCGGCAGCCCGAACGUCUCCGCCCAAUAUUCUCCCAGGGGCCGUACUACACCGACCCGCCUUAAGGCCAAGAAGGAACCCGCUCCUCUAGUUCUACUUCAUGUAACCCUCCUUCCCCUCCGUUGGCAGUGGGCCGAGAUUCUUGAGGCCACCCCAUCCGACAACCUCUCCUCAGAGGCCAAGAAUCUUCGUGAGGCUUGGCACCAUCUCCACGACCGCGUAGCUGAGACAGUCUGCGAGCGUGGCAUUCUUCUCUCCCACCCCCAGGAUGAAUACGAAAUCUUGGAAGAGCGUCUGCUGGAAGCCCUCGAUCUACCCUUGCGCCGUAGAGCGCGUGUCCUUGAGUGUGGUCAUUACAUUGGCCCGUCCAAUGAGACGACUCUCACUGAGGACAUCGAUAGCGACGAAGAGUAUGACGAGGAAAUCAGAAAACGGAACAUUCUUGCCAAAACAUACUGGUGCUCGACCUGCCGUCACGACAUCCGGUACGAGUCGCUUGGUCCCGGCAAGAUCUUCCGCAUCAAGGUUUACGCCAGCAACGGUCUUAUGAGGACCGGUGCGUGGGCUGCGUGCUGGAAGGAGAUGGAGCGUGUUGAUGUUGAAAUAGAGCCCAUCGUAACGUCUGCCGUCUUGGACGAGCUGGAGCGUCUUGUGCUUGCUCAGUCUCAACAAAUGGUCAAACAUGACCCUACCAUCCUCGAGUCGACUGAAGGCAGAGACAUGACCGACGACCAUGACAUGUCUGCUUUCCAACGCGAAAUGUCUGAGCACCUCGACCGUGGCAUGUCGGCUUUGGACGAGCCGCAUCAAGAGCCCUCCUUCUUGGGAGAGUCAAAUAUGAUCGAGCCCAACUACCAUCAGGACGAGUCGCACAUUCGAUCGUCUUCACCUCCUCCGGCUCUUGAACCUCCCGCCAUCGAAGAGCAUCGCUCGCCCUCACCCGAGCCCAUGCCUCGUCACCAUGAAAGCGAGGAGCGUCGCCUAAGGGAUGAGGCUCGCAUGCGUGAGAUUUACGGCCACACCCCUCCCCCAGCUGAGACGGAGCAUGGACAUGAGCCUGCGCCGGAGCCGGAGUCACACCACGACGAAUACAUGGCGCAGUCUCCUUCGCCAGAGCACCAAGCACGGGAACAGCCCCAACACCAUCAUCACCAAGACCAGCAGGCCCCACCGCCUCAGCCCCACGACGGGUAUGGUCACCACCCUCAGGAGAGGCAGCAAGCUUUCCAGAACGCCGGACUUGCCGAGCUUCUCCUCGAGGCCGCCAGGGUGUUCAUGCAAGACAAGAAGAACCUGGCCAUUGUGGUCAUGAGCUUGUUGAUGCUGUUCAUGGCUGUCAAGCCAGCUCAACGCGAGGUCCGAGAAUGGGAUGGCAAGUUUGUUGAACCGAUCGUCCCUAAGGUCUCUGUGUCCGAUAUCCCUGAGGCUCCGGUUGAGCCGCCCAUCAUGGAAACUGUGCAGUCCAUUGUCGAGUCUGUAUCUAUCGUCGAGUCUGCCUCCAUCGAGUCUGCUUCUGUCAUCGAAUCAGUCACUGAAUCGAUCGCAUCCUUCGAGACUCCGAUCGAGGUCGUCGUCGAGCCGAGUCAGGAGGCGCAGAUUCCCGAGCCUAGUCAGGAGAUGCCUGUUUCUCAAGCUACGUCGUCAGUUGCAGAGCCUUCUGAGAGCUUUUCGACCGCUGCACCGGAGCCUUCUCCGUCUUCUUUAGUGGAUGAAGCGGUGGUUGAAACGGCUGAUGAAGCAGCGAAUGAAGAGCUUGAUGAGCCGAUUGAUGAGUCAGUUGUUGACGAGCCCACACCCUCGCCCGAACCUACUCCUUCUCCCUCCAUGGAAGUAGAAGCGGAAGCGGAAGCCUCAACACAUGUUGCCGUCCACCAAACCAUCACCACCAGAGAAGUGGUGCGGAUCAUCGAGACCGUGACAGAGACGGUCAAGGCAAUCGUCACUGAGACAGAGGUUGUCAAGAUUCAGGCCACGCCUAGCGCCGUGCCUGAGACCGACGAGGAGGCAUCUGAAGAAGCUGUUACUGAGGAAAAUGCUUCAUCGGAGGAGUUCCCUGCGGAUGAGGAUACUACUCCUUUGGAAGACACCGUUACUGCAGAGCUCGCUUCUGAAACUGAAGCCGCAGCCACUGAGGCGGAAGAGCCACUUGCCACUGAGUCUGCUGUGUCAAUUGAGGAGCCUGUCGAGCAGGCAACCACGGAGGAUGAGCUCGCUCUUGAGGAAACGACUGAUGAAGUGGAGACUGAUGAGCUUACCGAUGAGCUUGACCACGACGAGCUCUGA